ACAGAACAUUCGGUCAUUCGGUGUUUGUAUCAUGAGGUAUAUUCUGUAAUUUUAUGGGUUUUUAAAGAAAAAUAGUAGAUAAUUGUUAAUUUUUAUUGUAAGGGGAUAAAAUACAGUACAAUGGCAUUAAGAACGUACGGCGAUAAGCCGAUUAGUUUCCAAAUUGAAGAAGGUGGAGAGUUUUAUUGUGUCGGUUCAGAGGUCGGCAACUACCUACGGUUAUUCCGUGGGUCUCUUUACAAGAAGUACCCUGGCAUGGUCAGGAGGACUUUGACCAACGAGGAAAGGAAACGCUUGGUUGACAAUGGACUUGGUGCUCAUGUGUUGUCCAGCUCAGUGUCUUUGCUCAAGGCUUCCGAAGUCGAGGAUAUCAUUGAAGGAAAUGAUGAAAAAUACAAAGCAGCAGCAGUCAGUCAAGAACUGGCAACACCAAGGGAGAGCAAGAGCAAGAAGCCUCACAACCCCGCCUGGAUGCCUGUCAUGCCCAACUCCUCACACCUGGACGCUGUGCCUCAAGCCACGCCCAUUAGCAGGACUAGGGUGCAUAAUAAGAAGGUGCGAACAUUCCCGCUGUGCUUUGACGACACAGACAUGACAGCCAUGCUGGAGAACUCCUCUCAGAAGCAGAUUCUGGUGCCCAUCCGCCUGGACAUGGAGAUUGAAGGACAGAAGCUCAGGGACACAUUCACAUGGAAUAAGAAUGAGUCAAUAAUAACACCGGAACAGUUUGCCGAGGUGCUCUGUGAUGACCUAGAAUUGAACACAAGCACAUUCAUACCGGCCAUAGCAUCGUCCAUCAGACAGCAGAUAGAGGCAUUCCCGAGUGAGCCACCGGCCAUACUGGAGGAGCAGUCUGACCAGAGAGUUGUCAUCAAGCUCAAUAUACAUGUUGGGAAUACUUCUCUUGUUGAUCAGGUUGAGUGGGACAUGUCAGAGAAAGAAAACAACCCAGAACAAUUUGCUAUGAAGCUGUGUGCCGAACUAGGCCUGGGCGGCGAGUUCGUGACCGGCAUAGCGUACAGUGUGCGCGGGCAACUGGGCUGGCACCAGCGGACCUACGCUUUCAGUGAGGCGCCGUUGCCUAUUAUAGAGACUCCCUACCGCCAGUCGUCGGACGCCGAGCAAUGGGCGCCGUUCCUGGAGACGCUGACCGACGCCGAAAUGGAGAAGAAGAUCCGCGAUCAGGACCGCAACACGCGCCGCAUGCGCCGCCUCGCCAACACCACGCCCGGUUGGUAAACUUCACGGUUAUACAGAGGACAUAGAGCACGGAACGUAAUUACGCUCGGCCAGUGUUAGAGGCGGCUUUAAUAAUGACACGUUUGACGGGUAUCGAACACAACUACAUAGUUUCAAGUUUACUUGUUUCUGAACGGUUUUUAGAUUGAGUCGAAAAUUAUAAAAAAAAUGUGCAACAAUAAAAUAAUUCGAUUCCCGUUUCAGCGAACCUUAAACAAUCCCAACAUAAUAAUGUGAUUUAAACAAACCAAUAAACCAUAAUAUAAGCUCACGGAGUAGUCAGAGAUACAUCCAUCGCAAGAUGAACUAAGCACUCUACACCUCAUCGAGGUAUCGAAAUUCGAAUAAAAGGCGUAUAGUUGCGGGGCUCAACCGUUGUCAAAUUACCCUCAAAUCUGCGUAAACAUUAACUUCAUUCAUUUAUAGAAUCUAAUAGUCUAAUAGAUAGAUAACCUAACAGGAGGAGCAGAGCCACGAGCCUCUAGAAGAUAACUAUGGUCGUAGCAUGCUGCAUAUCGCGCGAGAAGCCAUAAAUUAAUCAAUAUAAUUACUUUUGUAACCGCGCCAUGGCCAAUAUAGAGUUGUCCCAUUCAUUUAUCGUAUCCCGCGUGGCUAUCGCGGUGUGUCUGGCAUCAGUCCUUAAAUUGAUAUUAUAAACGGAAGUGACAGUACCAGUCAAUCAGUCCAUUAGUGUCGGUUCUAGUAGCGGCCGGGCGUGAUAAGUUUCGUGCUCUAUGGUUAUACACGAGAGAGACGAUACGAAACUGUAAUAUCAUUAUGCUAUGCCUAUCAGGCUAGCAGUAUACUACCUAUAAUUAUAAAUAUUAAUCGUAUGUAGGUCGAUUGGAAAACAAGCAAAUUAAAUUAAUCAACUCGAAUUAUAAGCUGAAGUGUUUAAAAAAACUACUCGAUAUUAAGUUCACAUUCAAAGAUAUAAGACUGAAACUUUAAACAAGACCAAAUAAUUAAAAACUAUUUUGUAUCGUUUCUCAGAAGUUGUUUAUCUGAAAUUAAGAGUAAUGUUCUCAUGCUCUAUGUUGUUACAUAUUGAACUCAUGGUAUAAUAAAAUAAGGUAGGUAUUUGAAGAGUAGAUACAUAAGUUCUUAUCGGGAUGGGCAGAGACAAUUGUCAUCCACAAGCAUAGACUUAAGAAUAUUGAAUAAUACGGCGUAUAGCACGGUAACUUCCGCCCCGCACCAAAUCGUAUCGGGCGCUUAGCUUUACUACACCCCCUCUGGGUCUUACUUUAGUCUAAAUGGCCGUAAGCCUAGCGGCUGGCAGGAGUGACGGGGAGCGCGCACGGACUAUCUAUCUCGCUCACACUUACACGGUAAGGCGGCUCAGUAGUGCAAGACAAUUUGCAGCAUUUGAUGUUGAAGCCCUCAGCUGGUAUGAUAAAAAUUAAGAAAAGGGCGGUUAAAAAGGCAAGGAAAGCAAUUCAUGUAAGAAAGCAAUAUUGCAAUUUGACAUAUAUGUGCAUGGCGCACUUAGUUUUAUAUGCGCAAAUGUCAAUUUGCAAUAUUGCUUUAGUUAUCAGACUUAUUUUAUGUUACCAUGAUUUUAGCAAAUAAAAGGGAUUGUCUGUAACAAAUAUAAAUGCUACAAAAUGCAUGAAAAGCACAUAAUUUUAGGCUUUGGUAUGUUGGGCUUUGGUAUUAGUUUCUUUUUAGUAUUUUAAUUUAAUACAAUGGCAAUAUUAUUUUAAUUAGUUAAAUGUGUACUUAAGAAGCUAAUAUGGCAGGCUAUCUUAACGGUCUAUACCUUACAGGUUAGACAGAAACCUAAAUGUUCAUUAUGAUUUUUGAGAGUAUUAAUUUAUUUUCGUAUGACUGACUAUGUAAAUGACUAUUAAGUUUUCCUACAUCGUUUUUAACUUGUUUCCUUUUUUAUUUUAAAUUAUUAUGAGUUUGAGUAACAAUUUUAAGAUGUUUAAUACAAUUUACAAUUUAAAUCACAAUUAUUUAAUAUUAUAACUUAUCAUUAUAGCAAAUGUUGUAUAAUAAAGUAUUCCUAAGACGCCUUUGACAAGUACAACUCGACUUCAAAUAAAUCUUUAUUUAUGUUAAAAGUUUAUUAGUAAAACCUGCACGAAAAAUAUCUAGUCUGAGAAACAAAAUGGCCGCUUACUGCCAAAAAAAAAACACUGCUUUAAAUCAUUUUUCGUGUAAGAUUUACUAGCAUUUUAAAAAGUAAGUGGACUGUUAAAUUUCUAUCACAUUAAAGAGAUUUUUCCAAAAUU